CUUCUCCGUGGGCGAAUUGGUUGAAAAGCUUGCGGGGGUUACUUUUCCGGUCCUUUCGGCUUACUUGGAACUUGUACGUGGCCUUAUUUUUCUGUAUUCAAUUUUGGCAAAAUUAAGAAGCCUAGAAAAUGGCUGCAGCCAGGAGAAAAGCCUUUGAAGAAACAGACAAGCUCACUAGGAUAGCCAUUAUCAAUGCGGAUAAGUGCAAACCUAAACGUUGCCGUCAGGAAUGCAAAAAGUCUUGCCCCGUGGUCCGUAUGGGCAAGCUCUGCAUUGAGGUAGCUCCUACCGACAGGAUUGCUGUCAUCUCUGAAACCCUCUGCAUUGGUUGUGGUAUCUGCGUCAAGAAAUGUCCCUUUGAAGCAAUUACCAUCAUCAAUUUGCCAAGUAAUUUGGACUCUCAAGUUACUCAUCGCUACUCCCAAAAUUCAUUCAAGCUCCACAGACUCCCAACUCCCCGUGCUGGUGAAGUUCUUGGUCUGGUCGGCACAAAUGGUAUUGGCAAAUCCACUGCCCUGAAGAUUUUGGCAGGAAAGUUGAAACCCAAUUUAGGCCGAUUCAAGGAUCCUCCAGAGUGGUCCGAGAUUCUGACAUACUUUCGCGGUUCCGAGCUCCAAAAUUAUUUUACCAAAGUUUUGGAGGACGAUUUGAAGACGGUGAUUAAACCGCAGUACGUGGACCAGAUUCCUAAAGCCGUUAAAGGAAGUGUCGGUGAGAUGAUCAAGCGCAAAGCUGAGAGCGGAAAUGAAGCUGAAAUGAUACGAAUUCUUGAUCUUGGACACUUGACCGAAAGAAAUAUCGAAAAUUUAUCUGGUGGAGAGUUGCAGCGUUUUGCUUGCGCCACUGUCUGCAUCCAAGACGCUCACGUUUACAUGUUCGACGAGCCGUCGAGUUACUUGGACGUGAAACAGCGUCUGAACGCCGCCAAGGCUCUGCGUUCCCUGUUGCAUCCGACCAAGUACAUUGUCGUCGUCGAACACGACUUGUCGGUUCUGGACUACUUGUCCGAUUUCAUCUGCUGCCUCUACGGAAUUCCUGGUGUCUAUGGUGUGGUGACGGUCCCGUUCUCGGUCCGCGAAGGCAUCAACAUUUUCCUCGACGGUUACGUGCCAACGGAGAAUUUGCGUUUCCGCGAGGAAUCGCUCGUCUUCCGUGUGGCCGAAUCGGCCACCGAGGAAGAAGUCAAGCGACUUCAUCAUUACGAAUAUCCCAACAUGAGCAAAACACUCGGCGAUUUCAAAUUGAACGUCAACACUGGAUCCUUUACCGACGCCGAAAUUAUCGUCCUCCUCGGCGAAAAUGGAACAGGCAAGACAACCCUGAUUCGGUUGAUGGCUGGUUCACUGACACCGGACGCUGGAUCUGGUGAAAUUCCAUCUCUCAAUAUUAGUUACAAACCGCAAAAGAUUAGCCCCAAAUCGCAAAGUACCGUCCGCGUUCUACUCCACGACAAAGUUCGCGAUGCUUACACCCAUCCGCAGUUCGUGGCGGACGUGAUGAAGCCGUUGAGAAUUGAAGACAUUAUCGACCAGGAGGUUCAGAAUUUGUCUGGUGGUGAGCUCCAGCGUUUGGCCAUCGUCUUGUGUUUGGGUAAAGCCGCUGAUGUUUACCUCAUCGACGAGCCGUCUGCCUAUCUCGAUUCCGAACAGCGUCUAGUAGCUGCCAAAGUUAUUAAAAGAUUUAUUCUGCACGCCAAGAAGACGGCGUUCGUGGUCGAGCACGAUUUCAUCAUGGCCACUUAUUUGGCUGACCGCGUCAUCGUUUUUGAGGGCCAACCUUCAAUCGAGUCAAGAGCCAACGCUCCUCAAGCUCUUCUGCCCGGCAUGAACCGCUUUCUCGAGCUGUUGGCCAUUACGUUCCGCCGAGAUCCCAACAACUACCGGCCACGAAUCAACAAGGAGAACUCCGUCAAGGACGUGGAGCAGAAGAGAUCGGGCAAUUACUUUUUCUUGGAAGAUUAGAAACAAGUUUGGAUCCGCCACUCGAAGCUCCGUUAAAUCGGAUUUCUGCAGAGUUGUCUGUAAAUUGUUGGGUCAAGAAAUACAAAUCCUGUUUUGUUGCGCCCGGCA